ACUCGGCAUAUUUUUGACAGUAGGAUGACAAUUGAAUUUUAGUGAUUCGGGUUGUUUUGUCUCGAAAAUAAAAAUUUUGAGAAAUUGUCGACGAAAAUGGCCCCCGUGGAGCAAGAUGUUGAAAUGAAAAGCGUGGAGAGUCCUGCAGCAGCAAGUGAUGUUGAAAUGAGCGAAGUCAAGAAAGAUGCUGAUGUGCUCAGUGUUCAGGAUUUGAGAGAACAUGUAAGACAAAUUGACAAAGCCGUAACAUCGAAGGAGCCUAGAUUUGCGAUGAGAGUUCUUCGUUCUCUUCCGAGCACAAGAAGGAAGUUGAAUGGAAAUGUUUUGCGGGCAAUUAUCAGUCAACUAUAUCCAUCAAGUUCUGACAAGGAAACCCUACUCGCCUUUGUUGAAAGCCCUGCUGCAGGUGCGGUAGAAAUCGAACCACCUCGCUCCAGAAGUGCGCCCAAAACACCUGCGCCUGAAGUGGAUGUAUACAUCCAUCUUUUAGUGUUGCUACGUUUGCUGGAUACAAACAAGCUAGAAGAAGCUACUGAAUGCUCACAGCAAUUGAUGAGCAAAGUGACUGCUCAAAAUCGCAGAACCCUCGACUUGAUCGCCGCCAAGUGCUAUUUCUAUCAUUCUCGUGUUUUUGAACUUACCAAUAAAUUGGAUUUGAUCAGAGGGCUGCUGCAUGCCCGUCUACGUACAUCUACCUUGAGAAACGAUUAUGAAGGACAAGCUGUGCUUAUAAAUUGCUUACUAAGAAAUUAUUUACAUUACUCCUUGUACGAUCAAGCCGAUAAGCUAGUAAGCAAGUCUGUAUUCCCGGAAAAUGCCAGUAACAAUGAGUGGGCAAGAUUUUUGUAUUAUUUGGGCAGAAUUAAAGCAGCGCGUCUAGAGUACAGUGAUGCUCAUAAACAUUUAGUGCAAGCCCUACGGAAGGCCCCUCAAACUGCAGCUGUUGGUUUCCGUCAGACAGUUCAGAAACUGGCCAUUGUUGUGGAACUUUUGUUGGGUGAUAUUCCUGAGCGUGCUAUUUUCCGACAAGCACCACUCAGAAAGGCAUUGGCCCCCUACUUCCAGCUCACUCAAGCUGUGAGACUUGGUAAUCUACAAAGAUUUGGUGAAGUCCUCGAGAACUAUGGCCCACAGUUCCGCGUUGACCAUACCUUUACUCUGAUUCUACGUCUCAGACAGAAUGUCAUCAAGACUGCAAUUCGCUCAAUUGGUUUGUCCUACUCAAGAAUAUCACCAAAAGAUAUUGCAAGGAAACUUGGUCUGGAUUCUGCUGAGGAUGCAGAGUUCAUUGUUGCUAAGGCAAUUAGAGAUGGUGUUAUUGAGGCUACUCUUGACCCAGAAAAGGGAUAUAUGAGCAACAAGGAGAGCUCUGAUAUUUAUUGCACAAGGGAACCUCAGCUGGCUUUCCAUCAGCGCAUAUCAUUUUGCUUGGAUUUACAUAACCAGAGUGUGAAGGCUAUGAGAUACCCUCCCAAGUCUUAUGGCAAGGAAUUGGAAAGUGCUGAAGAACGCAGGGAGAGAGAACAGCAAGACCUAGAGCUUGCUAAGGAAAUGGCUGAAGAAGAUGAUGAUGGUUUCCCUUGAAUCAUAUUUAGUCUGUAACUGAAAUUCUUUAGUGCAUACUUACAUUGUUUGUCAAUCUAAUUCUGAAUAUGCAAAUAUACUAUUGUGCUACUAAUUAA